CUUAUCGCAUCGGCUCUCUCCGCGGUUCUCCUCCCUUGAAUCGUCCCUCGACCCGUCCCCGCAGCCCUAAUCCCUUCCUCCGCCGGUUGCAACGAGGAGUUUAGGGCCCUCCAUAGGCGUCGCCCCCGGCGUCUUCGACGCCCGCCCCCUAGCUUCCCUCCUCCGCUGGUACCACCCCUGUUCCUCCUUUGUGGGCUCUCUCCCCUGCUUGAAUCCCGCCUGGUCCUUGACCUCGAGGUCCUCCCCCACUUUUCGUCUCUUAGGAUCUUAAACACACACACACACACACUCUCUCUCUCUCUCUCUCUCCUCGCCUCAUUACAUAGACACAGUUGGAGAAGGAAGCAGGACGUCGCCGACCAGUCCCAGGUGCUCAGUUCGGGAGCUUGACCGCUCUCGAGCAAUACGGGAGGGAGAUGACGACCACCGGUUUUGUACCACAUGGCGGAAAAUGCCUUCCUCUCCCAGGGCUAUCCAGAGGAGCUAUUUUGACAUCAUAUUCAUAUAAUAGAGGCCAGAGACUAUUCUGUGGUAGCAAAGGUCUACUGAAAAGCUUCACUUCUCACAAUUCAGGGAGGAUGUCUGUGUCUUGCAACGCUAGUCCUAAUAACUAUAAGAGGAAUCCUGAUUUCUCUAGACAACAGAAAGGGUCUUCCAGGGGAAAGAGCAGGAAACACCAAGAGCCUGAGCAACCUGAGAACACUGAAGAAAUCGAUUUUAUGUCUUCGAAAAAUGGGUCAUUGCCUAACCUAUCUAGUAACCCCAGGUAUCAGGCUACUGCAGCUCCAGGACAGAGAGAGAAGGAAAUAGUUGAGCUGUUUAGAAAAGUUCAAGCACAACUACGGGAGCGGUCUGCGAUUAAGGAAGAGAAGAAGAUUGAAUCUGCACAACAAGGGCCAAGUGAGAGGGGAACCGUUGAUUCGCUUCUAAAAUUAUUAAGAAAACAUUCAGUAAAUCAGAAGAAGAAGGGCGCUCCGGAAGAGGAUUCCAGUGUUGACCAACGACAAAAGAACAACAUAUUCGAGGAUGAGCAGAAUUUUAAUCUUUUUGACCCUGGUGAUAUCAAGUCAGAGGAGUCUCAUGAGCCAGGCCCUCCUCCUUCCACUAGACCUGCAUCAAAUUUCAGGCGAAAAUCUCCUGUUCCUAGAAUGAAGUUCCAACCUGUGUUUUCAGUAGAGGAUAACAACAUUACUCCCUCAAAGUCCCGAGGGAGGAGGAAGAAGAAUGACAAAAUUGAGUCCAAGCCAGUGGCACAAGCAGAACCGCUGAUUCCGGAUAGUCCGGACGAACCAUCGUUAGAUAAUGAGUUGGUCCUUUCUAAUUCUGAUGAAACUGCCAAAGAAGAGACUACAGAAUCAUCUGCUGCAGAAGUCUCCCCUGAUUUAGGUUCCUUAAAACUUUCUGAAUUGAGGGAGCUCGCGAAGUCUCGAGGCAUUAAAGGCUAUUCGAAGCUCAGGAAGGGAGACCUGGUUGAAUUAUUAAGUGCUUGACGGUUCAUACAAAUGGUAAGAUGGUGUUGUGUCUGAAUACUAUCUUUAUAGAUGGUUUUAUCCAUUUUCUUGUCUGAAUACUUUUUGUUUGUAGGAUUGAACUGGAAGUUUCUAUUUUUCACUAGUAAGCAGUUUUGAUA